UUUGCACUCAAAGAAGAACCUGAGAGAAAUCUGGACACAGGGAUCAUGGGCAUGUGGACCUCGAGCAUGGAUGUCUUCCUAAGUCUUUGGAGGAUGUACGUGUUUCCGAGAGGUCCUGGAUGGGUGGACUUUCUCCAGCACUUGGGAGUGUGCUGUUUUGUGGCCUUCAUUUCAGCGAGCCUCCUCUCUGUGGCCUUCUACUGGUUUCUGCCAUCAGUGGUGGCCUUCGCCACCUCCUGGAUGGUCAUGUGUGUUCUCUUGGGCUGCUCCAGGCACUCGCGCUGUUUCAUUCUUCUGGUCUUUCUCUCGUGUGGCCUGCGUGAAGGCAGGAACGCUUUGAUUGCAGCUGGCACGGGCAUAGUGAUCUUUGGCCACGUGGAAAAUAUUUUUCACAACUUUAAAUGUUUCCUGGACAGUAUGACUUGCAACCUGAGGGCAAAGAGCUUUUCCGUACAUUUUCCACUUCUGAAAAAAUACAUUGAAGCCAUUCAGUGGAUUUAUGGCCUUGCCACUCCACUGAAUGUAUUUGAUGACCUCGUUUCCUGGAAUCAGACACUGGUGGUCUCUCUUUUCAGUCCCAGACAUGUCCUGGAGGAACAGCUAAACAACACCAAAGGAGAAGUCCUGAGUGUCUUACACCCUGUGACCACCAUGAUGGAGGUGUUUUCCUCCCUGGGGCAGAAGCUGCUCGCCUUUGCUGGGCUUUUUCUUGUUCUGCUCAGCACUGGCCUCUUUAUGAAGCGAUUUUUGGGCCCCUGGGGUUGUAAGUUUGAAAACAUCUACAUCACCAGACAAUUUGUUCAGUUUGAUGAAAAGGAGAGGUAUCGACAGAGGCCCUGUGUCCUCCCACUGAAUAAGAGGGAGAGGAAGAAGUAUGUUGUCAUCCCAUCUUUCCGGCUGACUCCUAAAGAGAGGAAAAACCUGGGGCUGUUUUUCCUCCCCAUACUUACCCAUCUCUCCAUCUGGGUGCUGUUCACAGCUGCAGAUUACCUGCUGUAUCGGCUCAUUUUCUCCGUGAGCAAACAAUUCCAAAGCUUGCCGAAACUUGAAGUUCACUUGAAACUGCACAGAGAGAAACAAGGAACUCAAGACCUCAUCCAUGAUUCUUCCUUUAAUAUAUCUGUCUUUGAACCCAGCUGCAUCCCUAAACCUAAGCUCCUUCUGUCUAGGACUUGGGUUCCUCUCAGUAUUAUUCUUGUGAUAUUAAUGAUGCUGGGACUGUUGUCCUCCAUUCUGAUGCAACUUAAGAUCCUGGUGUCCACAUCCUUCUACCCCAACGUGGAGAGGGAGCGCAUUCAGUACCUACAUGCAAAGCUACUUAGAAAAAGAUCAAAGCAGCCACCAGAAGAGUUCAAAAGGAAACUGAGUCUGUACUUUAAAAAGGUUCAUUUCUGGCUUCCAGUCCUGAAAAUGAUUAGGAAGAAACACACAGACAUUGAGGCCGAAGACAAUCCACAAGAGUCUGAAUAGCUCUUGAGCCAUGUGCAUGCAUCGUUCUUCUCAGGUCUACCGUUGGUGGUCACUGUUUAUGCCCACUACUGGAGGGCUAUGCCACAAGGCCACAGAGAGGUUUGGGUUUGCAGGGCCACCUUACAUCACCUGGUUAUUCCUCCAAAUGACUUGUUAUCUGUAAGUCAAGAGGUACCAGGCAAAUGGUUUUGAGUCUGUCUUCCAUACAAUGUACAUGAUCUGGACGGAGUCACCACAGGACUAUACCCAGGCCCAUUGGUGAUGAGCUUCGGCGUACAGUACUAGUCAAAGAAAAAGAAUGGAAAAUAAAACAAUGGAAAUCUGUACUGCAGUCUUACUAGCAAAUGCCAAGGAGAACAUAUAUGCAUAAAGUCUGCAAAAUAUCUUAAACUCUCUUGUGCCUUUUCUGCCCUUAUAAAUAUCUUUCACACUAUUCCCUACCUCACAAUUGUCUCUCUCCCCCAGGCUCCUAUUCAAACCCUCUUUCCAAAACCCAUUUCCAGCAGCUCCCACUGUCCUCUUACCAACACCUUCUCUACUGCACCUUGCUUGCCUCCAUAUCUUUUGUUAUCCCUUCUAGCAAAUCCUCCAGCCUGAGAACAAUGGCAGGGUGGAUCAAAAUCACAUAAUAUACUUACUAAAAUGCACCUCUUCAUCUCUAGCUAUCUCAAAAUAUCUAAAAGGGAGACAAAAUUCCUUGAAUAUCGAUUCUAUUAUUUCUAAAGAAUCAGAAUGGGGAAAUUUUUUUUUUAAUUUCAAUUAGGUAUAUAUGACAGCAAAAUGCAUUUUGAUUCUUUGUACCCAAUUGCAGUGCAAUUUUUCAUUUCUCUGGCUUUACAUGAUGUAGCAUCCCACUCUAUGUGCAGUCUUACAAGUAUCUAGGGUAAUGAUGUCCAUCUCAUUCCACCAUUUUCCUGCUCCCAUGCAUCCUCCCCACCCUCCCACCCCUUUGCCCAAUGAAAGUUCCUCCAUUUUUCUUCGGCCUCCAGCCUCCCCAUUUUGGAACAACAUCCACUUAUCAUGGUUUACUUCACCAAGCAUGAUAUUCUCCAACUCCAUCCAUUUAUCUGCAAAUGCCAUGAUUUUAUUCUCUUUUAGUGCUGAGUAAUAUUCCAUUGUGUAUAUACACUACAGUUUCUUUAUCCAUUCAUCUAUUGAAGGGCAUCUAGGUUGGUUCCACAGUUUAGCUACUGUGAAUUAAGUUGCUAAAAACAUUGAUGUGGCUGUGUCCCUGUAGUAUGCUGUUUUGGAGUAUAGACCAAGGAGUGGGAUAGCUGGAUCAAAUGGAGGUUCCAUUCCAAGUUUUCUAAGGAAUCUCCAUACUGCUUUCCAGAUUGGUUGUACCAAUUUGCAGUCCCACCAGCAAUGUAUGAGUGUGCCUUUUCCCCACAUUCUUGCCAACAUUUAUUAUUGUCUGUAUCCUUGAUAACUGCCAUUCUGAUGAGUGUGAGAUGAAAUCUUAGAGUAGUUUUGAUUUGCAUUUUUCUAAUUACUAGAGAUGUUGAGUAAUUUUUCAUGUAUUUAUUGAUUGAAUAUAUAUCUUCUGAGAAGUGUCUAUUCAACUCCUUAGCCCAUGUAUUGAUUGGAUUGUUUGUUGUUUAUUGUUUUUUUGUUUUUGGUAAUAAGUUUUUUGAAUUCUUUAUAUAUCCUAGAGAUUAGUGCUCUAUCUGAUGUGUGUGUGGCAAAAAUUUCCCAAAAUGUAGGCUUUCUGUUCACCUCAUUGGUUGUUUCUUUUGCUGAAAAUAAGCUUUUUAGUUUGAGACCAUCCCAUUUAUUAAUUCUUGAUUUUAUUUCUUACACUUUAGGAGUCUUGUUAAGAAGUCGGGGCCUAAUCCAACGUGAUAGAAUGGGGAAAAUUUUUAAUUAGCUAUUUUUACUUUUUAAUUUUCCAUUUUGAAAAUGUUCAGAUUUACAGAAAGUUGUGUUGGGGAACAGCACACACCUGUAAUUCCAGCAGCCCCAGAGGCUGAGGCAGGAGAAUUGCAAAGUGGAGGCCAGCCUCAAUAGUUGAGUGAGGCCCUAAGCAACUUAGAAAUACCCUGUCUCAAAAUAAAAAAUAAAAAGGGUUUGGGAUGUGGCUCAGUGGUAAAGCACCCCAGGGUUCUAUCCCCAGAACCAGAAAUGGAAAAAAAAAAAGCCCAAACAGGCCAAUUUUUAGCCAUCUAGAGGCUUCCUUCCUUACACAGCCCCUGAAACCUCCUCUCACAUCUGCUAGCAGCAGACAAGAUGGAGCAUUGUGGUCUAAGACAAAUGAGGCGUGGAUUGGCCAGAUAAGCCACUAGAGGUUUAAUAUUGUUAGCAUGUAAGGGAUUUUGAGUGCAAAGUCUUUGGAGUUCACUGAUGUGGCAUAAGUCAGUCAAGGUAAAAGAGAUCAACUUGUUUGGCCAAUGGGUCCCUAAACUGCUUACAGAUCAUCAUUCCUAAGGGUGUUGGGGGUUUCUAAAGAUUGCUAUUACCCAGCCUCAGCCUCAGCCUCAGCCUCUGCCUCAGCCUCAGCCUUAGUGACUCUGACUUGACUGGUCUUGGGUAGGAUCUGGGCACUGGCAUGUUUAAAGCACCUUGGUGAUUCUAAUGUGCAGCUAGAAUUGAGGACCACAAUUCUGAGGGAUCUUAAAGAAUUACAAGACUUCAAUGGUUAAAUUUCUUUAACAGAAGGAGAUUUUAUUAGAAAAGUGUCUGAUUCAAUAAUUCUCAAAGUGUGUUUCCAGAUCACAAAGUCAGCCCCUUGGUUGCUCCAUAAGAAGAGUGAGAUGGAAAACAUUAUGUAAUAAAUUACUGACCAUCUUUUUACAUUUAAGAUUCAUGAAGCAAACUGGGAUAAUGAAAAAGCUUAGAGAAACUCUAUAAUAAAGAAAUAUCUUUUUAACCUGUCUCACCCAGAAUUUCCCCAGAUUAUUAAACUAUGGAACAAUUUCAUCUGUAAUAAUUAUUAACAUCAUGUAGGGCCAGUACUACAGCUCAUGCUCUGAAAGAUGCCUAUUUAAUUGGCAUGCAUUUCAUCCAAGAACGGAUUUGAGAAGAGAAAGAUGCACUUGUAAUUUUGUCUUAUUUAAACACUCUGAUGAGUUCAUGCUUUACUGGAUUUUCUUAUGUGUGGUUGUAUAUGUGUGUGUGUGUGUGUGUGUGUGUUGCUGGGGAUUAAAUCCAAGGACUUGCACACUGCAGGCAAUGUGUUCUACCAAUGAGCUACAAUCUCAGCCUUGCUGUGUUUGCUAAACAAAUAAAUGUAUGUAUUAAUAAAUUGAUACAAGGUGUGAA